AUGGACCCAUGGAUCAGCAGCCAGCCUUCUCUGAGCCUUGACCUGCACGUCGGCCUGCCGCCGCUCAGCCUCCACCAGGCGCCGAUGGCCGUCGCCUUGGCCAGGCCCAAGGUGCUCGUCGAGGAGAACUUCCUGCCUCCAAAGAAAGAACCAGAGGUAUACAUAUAUAUCCAUCCAUUCUUGCUUAAUUGGUGUGGGGGUGUUGUGUUCGACGACGAGCCAAGAGCCCAAGAGUCUAACGGAUUGUUUGAUUCGACGAUGACCCAGGUCGCGGCUCUCGAGACGGAGCUGCAGCGGAUGAGCGAGGAGAACCGGCGCCUGACGGAGGCGCUGGCCGCGGUGGCGUCCAAGUACGAGGCGCUGCGGAGCCAGUACACGGAGAUGGUGGCCACCGCGGGCGGAAACCCGUCGUCCACGUCGGAGGGCGGGUCCGUGUCGCCGUCGCGGAAGCGCAAGAGCGAGAGCAUGGACACCGCGCCGGCGCCGGCGCCUGCCGCCGCCGCGCAGCACCCUGGCCCGCACCCGCACCUGCACCCGGCGGUGCCGGCGGACCAGACGGAGUGCACCUCGGGCGAGCCGUGCAAGCGGAUCCGGGAGGAGUGCAAGCCCAAGGUGUCGAAGCUGUACGUGCACGCCGACCCCGCCGACCUCAGCCUGGUGGUGAAGGACGGCUACCAGUGGCGCAAGUACGGGCAGAAGGUGACCAAGGACAACCCGUGCCCGAGGGCCUACUUCCGCUGCUCCUUCGCCCCGGCCUGCCCCGUCAAGAAGAAGGUGCAGCGGAGCGCCGACGACACCUCCAUCCUCGUGGCCACGUACGAGGGCGAGCACAACCACGGCCAGCCCCCGCCGGCGCCGUCGCCGUCGCAGGCGCAGGCAGCGCACGACGGCUCAGGCUCGGCGGGCGCCAGCAAGAACGCCGCCGCCGUCGCGAAGCCGCCGUCGCCGCCGAGGCCGGCCGCUGCCCUCGCCCCGGCGCCGCACCGCCCGCAGCUGCAGCUCCACCAUCACCAGCAGCAGCAGCAGCAGCAGGGACGCCGUGGCGAUGAACGGCGAGCAGCCCGUGGGCGCGGCGGCCGCGGCGGCGUCGGAGAUGAUCCGGCGGAACCUCGCGGAGCAGAUGGCGAUGACGUUGACGCGGGACCCCAGCUUCAAGGCGGCGCUCGUCACCGCGCUGUCCGGCCGGAUCCUCGAGCUGUCGCCCACCAAGGAUUGACAGACGUGUCGGAUCGGAUCGGAUCGAUUGGCAUCACACACGAGAUUCUUGCUCAGAUUGUGUUGCGCGCACGCGGCAAUGGUCAACAACUGCGCUGGCUGCCUCCUCUGUUCAUCACUGUUAGAGCGAAACAGCGUUAA